AUGUAAAUCACUAGGAAUUUAUUUUUAAUAAAAAUUGCUCAAAAAUCAGGAAUUUAUAAUAGCACAUCAGUGGCAAAUCAAUUUUAGUUUGAUUUUUCGUCCAAUAAAUUAUUUGACUAAGCUUUUCUAUUUGUCUAGAGCGGAGUUAUUUUAUCAUCUUUUUUUUUUUAUUGGUUCCUAUUAUAUAAGAGUAUAAAAGUUAAAAGAAUAUUGAUUUAGAGUAAAGUGAAUGUGAAAAAUACGAUUUUAGAGCGAGGUUAGAAGGAGUUAGGAAGAAGAUUUUAUCCUGGUCAUAUAUUUAUAUUUAAAGCAGCCUUCAAAGUAAAUUACUUAAUUAUUAAAUAGUUAUUAAUGCAUAAAUUAACCUUAUAAUUUUAUUAAGCAUUAGAACAAUUUCAAAGAUAUUUUAUACAAUAUAUUUAUUAGGAGGUAAAAUUGUUUACGCAGUGGUAUUAAUUUGUAUCUUUGCCUUCCUGUUAUGUAUCUAAUCCUUAACAUAUUUGUAUUAAAUUAAAUGUAUAUUAUUAACUCAUAUUUAGUGA